ACAGCUCUAAACAUGGACGAUCGAGGCAGAUUUUUGACUGACAUUUGUGAUUAUCGCAAUAUGUCUGGUCACUGAAGGCACCGCAGACAGAUAUCAGCAGAGAAGUUGUCGAAAUGAUGGAAAAAAAAAUCCGACUGAAGACAGUCAAUGAACACAUCACAUGUAGUUUGUGCAGGGGGUAUCUGAUUGAUGCUACGACAAUCACAGAAUGUCUUCACACAUUUUGCAAGAGCUGCCUGGUGCGGUACCUGGAGGAGAACAACACCUGCCCAGACUGCAGGCUUGUCAUCCACCAGAGCUAUCCACUCAACUACAUCAGCUUCGACAGAACAAUGCAGGACAUUGUGUACAAGCUGGUCCCAAACCUUCAAGAGAAGGAGAUGAAAAGACAGAACGACUUCUACAAGAAGAUGGGAAAGGCUCCUCCCAACUCUACACCAGUAGGAAAUUGUGAAGAAAACCAAGAACCUGAGAAGAGUCAGACCCUGCCUCCACCGGACGAGGACCAGGACUGUCACCGUAGCGACGAGCAGGUCAACAUCUGCCUGGAGUGUAAGGGCAACCACAUGAAGAACCUCAAGAGGAAGUACAUCCGCAUCUCAUCCCAGGCUACCAUCACUCAUCUCAAGAAGUUCAUCGCGCUCAAAGUCUACCAUGCACGGGAGAGAUACAAGGAUGUUGAUAUAUUGUGCAAUGAAGAAUUACUUGGAAAAGAUCACACGUUAAAAUUUGUAUCGGUCACGAGAUGGAGAUCAAAAGAUGCCCCCCUCACUCUACACUACCGACAGAGAAUGACUGAGUUAUGACUAUGUGACUGGGAGGAACGGCCUCACGUUUGACCUGCAGCGAACUCGGCGGCUGAUCCUACAAACUGGGGUGUUUCUUCCAGCGUUGCAAAGACUAUAGCUUUAUCACAUCACCUCCUGACUCACUAACCAAAGCCAGGUGGCUCGGAGGAGGAGCGCAGCCUCACUGGUCCUCAUGUUCCCCUGAUUCAACCAUCAACUCACAACUGACGAGGAGAUUCAUGGAAAAUAACAUUGGAUUAACUCUCUGGAUUGUGAGGGAUAGACAAUGUGCUUGCUCAGCAUUCAGGUGACCCAGAAUGCUUGGAAGGAUGUGAUUUGUGAAGCCAUUUUUUUUAUGCCCGACUGUCUUAUUAAUGAAAAGCUGCUGAGCUGGAUAAAAUUAUCUCUUCCCACCGUAUCUCUGAUCAAGGAAGGAUUUAUGACUAUUGGCAUUAAAAAAAUAAGUUUUAGUGUACUAUGGCAUCAACAUUCUUGACUAAUCCAGAAGUGUAUUGUCAAAGAUAUCUCCCUUGAUUUAGAUCAGAAUUGAAGUGGAGUGCUCUCCCCUUGAUCCAUAAAACCUGACGAUUCCGAUCGGUGAGUGCAUCCACAAGAAUCCGCAGUCAUAGUGGUUGUUCAUCCGGGUUCAGCAGUUGUUAACCCUUCUAAUGUCAAAUAUCCAGAAAAUGUUUUAUAUUUCUCCUGCUUUCUGGGCACAGAAGGAUCAUAAGUGAACAUGAUCGUAAGUGAACACAAUGAACAUGGAAGAGUUCAGGGGAUCAUAUUGGCCUUUGUGGCUGUUUCAUUUAACCAUGACAGUAUCACUGUUGACUAUUCCAUAAAGACGUGUACCUGGCAGAUACGGACAUCAGUGGUUGCUGGAUGCUGAUCACUGGAUCGUGUGGCCUACAUGGUGACAACAUGUUGAUUGAUUGUGAUCUCGUGAUAUGGUGGCCAAAUAAUGAGGAGCAAACAGAACCAAAACGAAUCAGUGAAUAUUGUGCCAGUGUAGAUAGAUGUAUUGACAUUGUUAGCUCAGACUUGGUAUUUCUGUGAGAGUGACUGUCUGUUCACGGCCAGGGAAGGACCACACUGUGUAAGAAAGAACCUUGUUUAAACAUAUCCUGCUAUACUGGACACCACAUGAUGAUCAACGGGCUAAAGAGAAUUCUACGUUCUUCAUCUUAAAUCAAAAUUUUCCACAUACAAACAUUUCUGCAUGCUAAACAGAAAAUUAACCCACAGGCACUUAUCAUUAACUCAAUGCCUUAGAAGUAAUUUUGUUUGUGCCCAAAUUUGCAUAACAGACUGGUUUUAAGAAACUAGUGCUGUUUUCACAGAACAAUCAUAGUGCUAAGAGGAUCGUAACUCCCAAUUUAUUAACAUAGACUUAUGACAUUCAUAACGCAAAGAUGAUCAUAACUCCCAUACUUUAUCACAUACUUAUGACAAUCAUAGCGCUAAGAUGAUCAAAACUCCCAUUCUUUGUCACAGACUUAUGACAAUCAUAGCGCUAAGAUGAUCAUAACUCCCAUUCUUUGUCACAGACUUAUGACAAUCAUAGCGCUAAGAUGAUCAUAAGUCCCAUUCUUUAAGGUGGAUCUUUACAAAACAGCCGAUCCAUGCAGAUUAUCAAGGUUCUUUUCCAGGUGGGUUGGGUUUACACAGCUGAUGGCACAUAAAGGAAUUAACCAGUGUCAUCAUGUUCUUGGUAACAGAGUUGGCACAUUACAAAAGGCUAUGGAAGUACUGUUACCGCUGUGGUGUUAGCAGCUAGUGUGGUGGUGUUCUGUGGAAGCCGACCGACCAGAGGCACCAAGAGUCUAUCUCUGUCAAAGGAGUCCUAUCACACAGAUACAGAAAUGAUGGACCAGGAGGUGGUCCUGAACGCUGUGCCACUUCACAGCAUGUUAAAAAACAUAAGUCAGCAUGACCUCCAACCAGCUGGGUGACACAAGUGGAGAAACGAGACUUGUAGGUCCUUAAAGGAAACCAGUGUUGUAAAACAAUCCAAGUGAUAUCCCAUAUCUACGCUCAACCAUUGCCAAGACAGUCGAACACAUAGUCCUCAAUCAAGAGACACUCAUUAGUCAUAUAUCAUUGUAUAUGUGGCAUAUCUAUUCACCAAGUCAACCAGUAGAUUCUGUUUUCAGGACUUGUCUAUGUCAUGUAUUCAUGUACAGUUUACAUUUUGUUCAUUACUUCUCCAUGUUAAACUGGCCAUAGCCAAUGGCCAGGACCUGGUUGUAUCAAACCUUUGUUCACUGAUGGUUCAUUGCCUUCUUAUUGUUUCAUGAGUUAAUGUUGGCAUUAAAAUGGGUUGGACAAGGGUGGCAUUAAACUUAUCAUUAACUAAGUAUGAAGAUUUCAUUAAAGUAUAAGUUAAAUAUUGUAUUCUUUCCUUAUGUUCCGACAAUUCCUUUUAAGCAAAUAAACACUUUCUCCUUUAUAUCUGUGAGAAUAGGUCUUCAGCAAAAGGCCGUAAAAGGCAACUACACUUUUCGUAAGAGGUGACUAAUGGGAUCGGGUGGUCAGGCUCGCUGACUUGGUUGAUGCAUGGCAUCAUAUCCCAUUUGCAGGGAUCGAUGCUCAUGAUAUCAAUCACUGGAUUGUCUGGUUCAGACUUGAUUAUUUACAGACCGCCAUCAUAUAGCUGGAAUAUUGCUGAAUGCGGCAUUAAACAAGAAACAAUCAAUCCUAUCUGCGAAAGUUUGGUAAGACGUAAUAGCCAAAUGCAUCUUUUCUGAUGUUCAUUUUGUGAUGUACUUUGUGUCUUGAGGUUUCUUUCUUCUUAUUUUUUCAUUUUUUUUUUUUUUUUAAAAGAAGUUACUGUCACUCUAGUAAUACAAACAUACUGCAUAUUUCAAGUGUGCAUAAACUAUUAAAGUUUAUAUAUCAUAUAUUGCAGUGCAGGAAAGUACAUGGUCUCAAACAUUAAAAUCUUAAGUACCAUAUAUUGCAGUGCAGGUAAGUACAUGGUCUCAAACAUUAAAGUCUUAAGUACAAAACUAAAAUUAAAAUGAAAGCUACUCAUUUUCGAAAAGUUUAUGAUAGAGCAUCCAAGCACCAUAGAAUUUUUGCUGAUUACCUGUCUUGAAAGCAAUAUCUUUUUCAAUGUUGUAUUGUGAAAAAAGCUUCCUUUUUAUAAACAUGAAAAAAAGGUUUUGUAUUUUGGAAUUUGCAUCUAAUAAUAUAGAAUUUUAAGUAAAAGUAAAUCGAACACUUUCUGUUUUUUAUGUUCUCUUUAACUCCAAAAAGUAUCAUUUCUGCACAAAAUGUCAUAUUAUGAACAGUGUCUUGAGGUUUCAAUGCAAAACGCAAAGUUUUGUAUCGGACGCCUGCAUUUUAUCAGUGUAUUGGCACGUAUUGGGCAUGUUAAUAUACGGAUGGGGUCAUUAAGAGUUUGAUCCAACCAGGU